AUGAAAAUAGCAUUGAAUCUUAUGAGGUUAACGCGGGUUGCGUAGUGCCCCUGAAACACUGGAGUGGCCUCUUAAGGCUGUCCCCAGACGGGUGUCUGACUUGUGGUGGUGUGACACAGGGGGUGCCAACCACGACACUUACUCAUACGUCAUACGCCGUUCUAUCUCAUUGUAUAAACCGGUGUGGCAUUAAAUUUUGCGGUCGAUUAGGAUAGGUUAGCUACAUUAUAAAUACUUUAAAACAUUGUGGAUGGUUGGUUAUAUUAGGAAAGUAUAGUACAUUCCAAAAUACUGUAAAAUCAUUUUAUGGUUGCUUAGCAAAUAACUUUAGAUAUGUAGCUAUCCAGCGCUAGGAAACCGUUUACUUGAUUUCACAGUAUCUUUAAUGUAGCUAUCCUAACCAAAUCAACCGUCCGCAAUGUUUUAAAGUAUUUAUAAUGUAGCUAACCUAACCUAAUUGACCAUUAGUAGUUAUCAUGAGUUGUCCAAAAUAAACAUUCACGGACACACGGCAAACGAAAAAUAUGGCGGCGUACAAAUAAAUACAGUUGCCUUGUUUAUGGUCUUUCCUUUUAUCGACACCGCUAUAUUUAUUUACAAUGAACAAAAAAAUAAACCGAAGAUGCACGAUCGGGCGUCUGGCUCUCUCGUCUGUGAAAAGGCUUCCCAAGUGAAAGACUGGAACUAUUCUCCUGGGCGCGCGACAGUGGCGCUGCGGCGGGCAAGCCGCGGACAGGCGGUGGGAAGUCACUCUUGGCUCGGGCGGUCGCGAAGCGAGAGCUCGCGUAAAACAGUCAAGCAAAAUAUUAACGACAUGACGUGUGUAAGUCCAGGUGUGCUGUACGUUUAACCGGGUGUUUAACGGAAGGAUGUUGCCUACUGAAGUGUCGCCGUGAAACUUUUAUAGACGUAAUUUACCUUUUUUUCGCAAAUUGCACCGUGCGGCCAUUAGCAAAUGGUGUGCGAAUUUUCAUUGAACUUGUCAGAGGGCUGCGGUUAAUGAAUUUUAGCACAAAUUUCCCGAUACACAGCAAGCCAGGUGUUAACACUGCUACGAGGAACAUCUGUGUAGCGGCCAGGCUACUGAGUGCUUGGAACAUGCAGGAGUAACAUUGCGUGUCGCAAUUGUACGUCCUCCCGCAUCACAGGCGCGCCGGCCAGCGACCUGCCAUGGUCCCAGGUGUAGCCCGGAGCUGAGCUGGGUCGGCCGCGCUUGGCGGCUGCUCCUAUCAGCGAGAGAUAAGACAAGGCCUGUGCUUGUUUGGGCGGGCACACCAGGUUCCUGAGGCUACCUGAGAGCUUCCGGGCGGCGCGGGUGUUCGAGGCAGUGUCUGCAGGGAGCGACCCAGAUGGAAGCCUGCGACACGCUCCCAGGCGCGGAGCGGGUGCUCGGCCAUAGCAGCGAGGCCAGCUGCUGCGAGGUGCUCAGGACGCAGGCCUGGCUGCGCCGCCAGACACACCUGCACGCCCGCACAGACGCCGGCAGCGUGCUGCGCUUCCUGCGAGGCUGCAAGUUCAACGAGGAGCGCACCAGGCACAAGCUCACCAACUUCUACGUCAUGAAGGCAAAAGUUCCCGAGUGGUUCAGCAGCAGGGACCCGCUGCUGCCGCCGCUGCAGGAGAUGCUGAACCUGGGGGUGUUCCUGCCGCUGCGACGCCACUGCGCCGAGGGCCACCUCAGCGUCCUGAUCCGCGCCGCGGCGCACGACCCGAAGGCCCAGGAGCUCGACGACGUCUUCAAGGCGGGCCAUGCCGUGGUGGAUGCGCUGCUGGAGGAGGACGAGCUGGUGUCCGUGUACGGCGUGGUGGCCGUGUGCGACCUGGCCGGGGUGUCCCUGGGCCACGCGCGCCAGCUCACCCCGAGCAUCAUCAAGAAGGCCGUGCACUCCUGGCAGAACUGCUACCCCGUGCGCAUCAAGAGUCUGGUGUUCAUAAAUGCGCCACUCCACGUUGGUGUUGUGCUCAGCGUCUUCAAGCGGUUCAUGUCUGAGAAACUGAGGAACAGAGUGCAGAUAUUCUACACAGGCUCCGACUACCUGAAGGGGAUCUCAGAUCCACAGUUGCUGCCCCAGGAGUACGGCGGGGAAGGAGGGAAGCUGCAAGAUCUGAUUGACUACUGGAAACAGCACAUGGUAGAGCGCCGUGAUUGGCUGCUACAGCAAGAGAUGUACAAGGCAGAUGUCUGACAAGGUUCAACAACUAUGUACCUAUGUGCACACCCAAGUAAAUGUGCACUGCAGUAUGUUUGUACACAGUUCUGUAACUUUACUUUAUGUACUUCAGUUUAACUGAGACUACUAGUGCAAAAAACCAUGUGGCUACAAAAUGUUGGAAAACGUAAUUUUUUUUGUGUGUGUUUCUUCGGGGGAAAAAAACUCUUGGCUUCAAGAUUUCAUUGAAAUUUAAAAUUUAUAGCCUCAAAAUGUAUAAUCAUUCAUUUUACUCUAGUUUGAGCCCAAGUUUUUUUUUCAAUGCAACUCCAAUUCCUGAAUGAGCAAUCCAAUUAAGGUUUGUGAAGCACACACAAGGCAGGGAUUUUUAGUCUUACAAAUACUUGAUCACCCCCCCCCCCCCCUUCUUUUUUUCCUCAUUUGGUUUCAGUGUUCAUUUAUCACCCAUUUUUACUUGACAUGUCACAAGAGUUAACAGCAUAUAUUAGCAUUCGUUUCCUGUGAGUAAAAAUUCAGCUCUGCUUCCAUAAAAAAAAACAUUCAUAUAUGCCCAUAAACAUAUUUGUAAAACUUUAAAGUUCAAGCUUCCACCAACAAUUUAUGUAAGCAGUUAUCUAUAACACAAAGUUGAAAAAAUAUCUAUCAUAUACGGUAUGUUCAUUCCCCACAAUACAAAACAAAAUAAAAACUAAUUUUUUCCUGCAUUUUCUAACAAGCCCCUGUUCCUUGACUUCUUACCUUGAAUUUACAUAACUUUAAAAUACAAAGACAUUUCUCAUGUAACUAGCCAACUGUAUACAUAUCAUUUUUAUUUAGGGGCAAUCAUGUAAUGCCCAUAUAGUGCCUUCCAUUAUAAAUGUAGGUAGUGACAUUGUAACAUAAGUGAAAAAAAAAAAUUUUAGUAAAAAGUAUUUUAUAAUGAACUGUAACUAAAUAGAAAACAUCUUGUAGGUAUCUUAUAAUUAGAUACCCCUUAAAGCUUAAAGUGAGGUACUUUAUAUUGAGAUAACUUUGUUCCUAGUUAAAAGUGUUUAGUAAAGUAACUGAGAUUUGUCAACUAGGUACUUUAAGCACAUACCUACAUAUUUAUCUGUGAUUAAUUUUUUUCAAGAAUUGUUAAUAAGUGUAAAUUUGUUUAAAUGUGCUGUUUUAGAUUUAGGUGAUGAUGUGAUUAUUUUGUACAUGGACAAUAAUUAAUUGUUGUGAACUAUUAGUUGUAAAACUGAGGUUGUGAAAAUAAAUUAAAAAAUUCUGAAUAUAAAAA